AAGGGCCGCGGAGGCGAUGGGGCGGGGAUGAGUGGAAGAACCCGCUGCCGGCUGGAAUCGUUUGGUGGUGGUUUGAAGUUGGGAUUAAAUUUUUCGGCGGAGGCGCCCAACAUGGCGCCAACUAUUCCUCCGAGGAAAAAGGAAGCCGGCCCGGAGGCCCGGAGCGAUCCCGAGGCCAUGUCGGCCGCCGACAGACUUCCAUUUGCUGAAACAGACUUUGAUACUCUGUGCAAUGCUUUACGAUUAACGGACAAUGUGAGAGUAACUGCUUGGAAAGCCUGUAAAAAAAUUUCUAUGGAUGGAUUUUUAGAUGACCAAGUUAACAAAGAAAUGUGGGGGAUCUGCAUUUUUACAGCAGCAGUUGACCUGGAUGAGAUGACAUUCACUCUUACUGAACUUCUGAAAUGUCUAAGUAUUAGUGUGUGCAAAUUUGUGCAUUUGAUUAAAGAAAUGGAUGCCAGCAUGGACACCAUUAGUUCAAAAGUGGACAGUACCAUAUCACGACUGAAGAAAAAAUAUGAUGUGCUGUUUGCACUAUACCAGAGGUUUGAAAGGACUUGUGGACUUAUCUAUGUUGAUGAACCUAAUGAUCAAACUUGUGCUGAACUGAAUACUUCACUAAUUCUAAAACUCUGUUGGAUCAUGUUUCUUUUGGCAAAAGGAAAAAUACUGCAGAUGGAAGAUGAUUUGGUUAUCUCCUUCCAGUUACUACUUUGUGUUUUUGAUUAUUUUAUCAAACUGCUGCCUCCUGCCGUACUUAAGGAACCAUACAAAUCUCUGAGUACAGCGUCUAAUGAUGGCUCAAGUAGAACUUGGAGGCGAGGUCAAAAAAGGAAUACACGUACAUCAAAAACAGAUACAGAUAUAAAGGUUAUGGAAGAACUUUGUAAAGAACAUGAUUGUAAUUUGGAUGAGGUGAAAAAUGUUUACUUCACUAAUUUCAUCCCAUUCCUGAAUUCUGUGGGUAUUACAGCUUUCAGUGGACUUCCAGAGGUUGAGACUAUGUCAAGCAAAUAUGAAGACAUGUAUCUGAGAAACAAGGAUAUUGAUGCCAGAUUAUUUCUGGAGAAAGAUCGAACUUUACAGUAUGAUCAUACAGAAUGUUUACAGUUAGAGAGAACACCAACAAAAAACUUGGGUGAAGACCCUCCUGUUGGACUUCCACAGACUCCUGUUCGGGCUGCAAUGAGUACUAUUCAGCAAUUAAUGGCGGUUUUAAAAUCUGCAAGUGAUAAACCAACAGAAAAGCUUAUCCUCUAUUUUAAUGACUGCACAGUGAAUCCUAUGGAAAGCAUAUUGAAAAGAGUAAAAGAACUGGGUUGUACCUUCAAAGAGAAAUUUGCUGAAGCAGUUGGACAAGGAUGUUCUGAAAUUGGUUCACAGCGUUAUGGACUUGGGACACGAUUAUACUACAGAGUGAUGGAAUCCAUCUUAAAAUCGGAAGAAAAACGGCUUUCAAUUCAUAAUUUUAGCAAACUUCUGAAUAACGGCAUCUUCCACACAUCUCUUCUGGCUUGUGCUCUUGAGGUUGUCAUAGCUACAUAUGGCAUUUCAAGGAAUACUUCACAAAGCAAUAAUAUGACUAUGGAAACAGAUUUGUCUUUCCCAUGGAUCAUCAACAUACUUGACUUAAAAGCCUUUGACUUAUACAAGGUCAUUGAAAGCUUUAUUAAAGUAGAACCAAGCUUAACGAGAGAGAUGAUAAAACACCUAGAGUGUUGUGAACACCAAAUUAUGGAAUCCCUUGCAUGGCGAUCAGAUUCACCAUUAUUUGACCUUAUCAAACAGUCAAAGGAGCAAGAUGGGCAGACCGAUCAUUCUGAGCCUGCCAACUGUUUUAUCCAGCCUCUUCAACAUAAUCACACUGCUGCAGAUCUGUAUCUCUCUCCUAUAAAAUCUCCCAAGAAAAAAGUUUCUUCCAGUUCAGUAUAUUCCUUUCCAGAGACACAGUCUACAUUGGUCAAUCAGUCUCAAAAAUCAUACAAAUCUACUUCUCUAUCAUUGUUCUACAAAAAAGUGUAUUGGCUGGCUUACAUGCGACUGAAUGAUUUAUGUUUGCGUCUUCUGUCUGACCACCCUGAACUCAAACAUUUCAUCUGGACACUUCUUGAUCACACAUUGCAAAAUGAAUAUGAACUUAUGAAAGACAGGCACUUAGACCAGAUUGGAGAUGAGGCCUUCCAAUUCACCAUCCUCCCCUUCAGGCUUGCACCAUACAUCUUUACGAAGUGCAUGGCAGUUGUCUGUACCCACCUCCAUCUACAAGGGGACCAGGUCUGCCCAUAGUUGGCUGAUUGGCUGAUCAUGGCUCCACUGAGGCAAGCCACAGCUGCUACAUGUGACCUACUAUUCUAUCUGGGCCUCUGUAUAAAUAUGGAAAAAUCCUUUUUCACCCCCUCUGAGUUGUUCCUCAUUGGCGCAUGCCUGGGCUCCAUCUCCAGACCUUCCUACAUCUCCACCUCCCAACUUGGAGGAUCCAACCCUGCUGGGCUGCAGAGAAGACUUGCCAGAAGACUUGCUGGAGGAAGUCCUGAAAACAACUACUUGACACUCAUACAACCCAAAGUGGAAAGACUUCACCUCCUUCACCAUACAGCACAGUUUCCAGCCUGCCAACUGCCUCAUACAACAAAUACUUCUGUUUCCGAACUCCAUCUUCUGACACAGUCUCAGGACAGCUUCUAUUCAUGGGUAUGGGAUUGUGAUUUCCACCUUCCAUGCCGCAAUACAGGGCUACUCUAUCUUCUCUCAUCAAUCUUGCAGCAAUUCUUCAGGGGCCUGAAAAAACUUGCUCCACCUAUCUGACCACCUACACCAGCUUGGAGCCUGUCCGUAGUCCUUCAAGCCCUCACAAAGAAGCCCUUAAAGCCUAUGGCCACCACAGACUUGUGACUCCUAUCAUGUUUGUCCAUUAUGCAAGUGACUUGGCUGUCCUCCAGCCCAAUCCUGUUUACAUCACUUUUCACAAGGACAAAGUGGUGCUCCAACCCAGUUCAUAGUUCCUAUCCAAAGUGGUCUCUGCUUUUCAUGUCAGUGAGAAUAUAGUCUUGCUAGUUUUUUCACAAAACUGUCGGACCCGAUUAAGACAGGACUCCAUUCCCUAGACCUCUGGAGGGCCCUAUCCUUUUACAAGGCUAGGACUGAACCUCUCCGACAGCAGUGCCUCUUCACCUAUGGCAGUGCAAGCAAGGGACUCCCUAUCUCCUCGUAGAGACUAGCAAAAUGGAUUGUGCAUAUGAUCUUCCUCGCCUACAGGCUCUCUGGAUUCCAGGCCUCUGGACCAAUAUGCACGCACUCCUCAUAGGUGAUUCCACUUGUGGCAACUUACUCAAAAGUGACCCUGCUUGAUCUCUGUAGGGCCACAACAUGGGGAAACCUGUCAGCCUUCAUCUAACGCUACCUUAACGUCCAUUCCAGAGGUAUCUGCACCUCCAGCAGGGCAGUCCUAUCUCCAGUCCUCCAGUAGUGUCACCACCCACCUCCAGGAGGUACCCUUGUUAGUUGCCCAUGUGUUAUGCACAGAGAUCAUGAAGAAAGGCAGGUUGCAUACCUGCAAUGGUCAUUCUUCAAGUUGACAUUGUGCAUUCAUACAAACCCACCUGCUAUCCCCUAUUGGUGUCAUCCUGUAACACCAAGGCAUCCUCUCAAAGGGACAGAAGUGUACAAUGGCCAUUUUGUUACUUCAGAACUGAGAACCAGGCAGGAGUCCCUCCCUCAUGCCUGGGUGUUCCCAGGGGAGAGGCCUCUGCCAAAUAUAGUGAUACCUUGACUCAUGAACGCCUCAGUUCAUGACCAA